AUUACCCCACUGGACGUUACAUAAUAGACUAAUAUGCUUUCAUUCGGAUUUGUUGUCUGUUGUUUAUAAUUAAGUCCCCAGUGGACACAGCUGCGCGCUUUUCCCUUCCACUAACAUGUCCCGGGCGUUUGAUCACGAGAUCUAACGCUGCACAUGAAAACUUUCUACCUGCGAUUCCACACCAACUCAACAUGAUGCUCUGUUGAUACAUAUCGGAUUCGAGACAUCCUGCAUCCACAUUUCGACACGACCAGUUUUGUUUCCUUGUCGUUUAGGGUAGUUUCUUCCUAAAAGCGGAAGUUUACCAUACCGCUUUAAGAUCGUCGUCGCCUCUGUUUAUCACAAGGACAGGUUCCUGUUUUACACACCAUGGCCAACGAGCACUCUCCUCUUCUUGUUCAUGGGGUGUACAGCAUGAUGGGUGAUGCUGAAGACUCCAGGGGUAGGUCAGCGGUGACAAGAGAGGGAUCCCCCAAAUCAAACCCCCGCAAACUCAACACCUUCUUUGGAGUCAUGGUUCCCACCAUCCUCUCCAUGUUCAGCAUUGUGCUCUUUCUUCGCACAGGGUUUAUUGUUGGGCAUGCUGGUCUCCUCCAAGGUCUUCUCAUGCUGUGUGUAGCCUACUUCAUCAUCUCCUUGACAGUCUUGUCCAUAUGUGCUAUUUCCACAAAUGGUGCAGUAGAGGGGGGCGGGGCCUAUUUCAUGAUCAGUCGUUCUCUGGGACCAGAGUUUGGAGGCAGUAUUGGCCUGAUGUUUUACCUGGCUAAGGUGUGUGCAUGUGGGGUGUAUGUACUCGGCUUAGUGGAGGCCAUCCUUGACAUAUUUGGGAAGGAUCCAGGCUCUUCUGUGUCACAGGGGUUGCGUGUGUUGCCUCAGGGUUACUGGUACACAGUGUUGUACUCCUCUAUAGUGCUGUUGCUCUGUCUGGUGGUGUGUCUGGUUGGUGCUCAUAUCUACGCCAAAGCCUCAUUUGUCAUUCUGCUGGUGGUGACGGUGUCACUGAUCUCCAUCAUCAUCAGUCCUCUGAUACUCAGACCACAACACUUCAACAUCACACACACAUAUGGCAACAACCACACCAUCACUGUCAGCCCCAGCUAUACGGGUUUCAAUGGCACCACAUUAAAGAACAACCUUGAACCACACUACUCUCUGGACUACAGUACCAAUACAGUGAUGUCUUUUGCCAGUGUAUUUGCUGUGUUGUUCACCAGCUGCACAGGCAUCAUGGCGGGAUCCAACAUGUCGGGUGAGCUGAAGAACCCGAGUGAGUCUAUACCUAAAGGGACCAUCAUAGCUGUGUCAUACACCUUUACUGUCUAUUUGCUUCUCUUCCUACUCCUGGGCUCUACAUGUGACAGAUUAUUGUUAAUCAAUGAUUACGCAGUGCUCCAGCGUGUGAAUGUGUGGCCUCCAUUUGUGAUAGUCGGGGUGUACUGCGCGUCUCUCUCAGCUGCUAUGUGCUCUAUGAUAGGAGCUUCUCGAAUCCUCCAUGCUCUUGCUUUGGACCAGCUUUUUGGUUUGCCUCUGGCUCCGGCUGCAGUCACCUCCAUCUCUGGGAAUCCUUGGGUCUCUGUGCUGUAUACCUGGGGCCUAGUGCAGUGUACUCUUUUUGCAGGACAGCUGAAUGUGAUUGCUGGCAUUGUGACAGUGUUUUACCUGUUGGCAUAUGCUGCAGUGGAUUUGGCCUGUCUGGCUCUGGAAUGGGCGUCUGCUCCAAACUUCAGGCCAACAUUUCAGUUUUUCUCUUGGCACACAUGUCUGUUGGGUAUUGUAAGCUGUGUGGUCAUGAUGUUUGUGAUAAACCCAGUGUAUUCCUCAGCCAGUAUUGUACUGCUGCUGCUGCUCCUGCUGUUCCUGCACUACCGCUCACCCACCAGCAGCUGGGGCUAUAUCAGCCAAGCACUCAUCUUUCACCAGGUGAGAAAGUACCUGCUGAUGUUAGACUCCCGUAAGGAUCAUGUGAAGUUCUGGCGGCCGCAGGUCUUACUGAUGGUGGCAAACCCACGCUCCUCCUGUCAGCUCAUCUGCUUUGUCAACCAGUUGAAGAAAGGAGGACUGUUUGUCCUGGGACAUGUGCAGAUUGGGGAUCUGGAUGUGUUGCCGGCAGACCCAGUGCAGCCACAGUAUAAUUUCUGGCUUAGUCUGGUGGAUAAAUUGGGUGUGAAGGCCUUUGUGGAUCUCACUCUCUCUCCCUCUGUCAGGCAGGGCACUCAACACCUCCUUCGCAUUACUGGACUAGGAGGUAUGAAGCCUAAUACCCUGGUCUUGGGCUUUUAUGACAACUGUUACCCAGAGGAUUACUUCCUGCAAGACCCUGUCUUUUGCGAGGGUGAUAGAAGUGAGGGGGAUCAUUUUGGGGUGGAUCUUCCAUCCUUACAGGCCAAUUUUCCACCAGUGCGGCAUGCCGAGAGCCCACGGGCGUUGCAGCCUGAAGAGUAUGUGAGCAUCAUCUGUGAUGCCAUCAAAAUGGGCAAGAAUGUUUGUUUAGGGCGGUACUUCUUCCAGGUGCCACCAGAGAGCAAGGGCGUAAAAUUCAUAAGAGGUGGCGACAGUGUGGAGACCAUCGACGUGUGGCCAUCAGACCUGCUGUGUCCGGGCAGUGCCAUUUAUGCAGAUGUGUGCAGUCUUUUCCUGCUUCAGAUGGCGUGUGUGUUAAACAUGGCCAGCAGGUGGCGCCGCGCAAGAUUGCGUAUAUUCCUCUGUGUGGAGUCCGAGUCAGGAGACCAGGGUUGGCUGGCUAAAGAGGAGCAAUUUAGAGAAUUGCUGGGGAAGCUGAGGAUUCGUGCUGCUAUUAAGAUUGUGCCGUGGGAUAAUGUGGCACGCAUGCUGAGAGGGGCAAGCUCAGAGCACGGGCAAAAGGUGGAAACAAAAGCUGUAUCAGAGGACUUCCUGUGUGCGGUAAAUGCCCUGCUGAGAGAACAUAGUUCUAUGGCAGCAGUGCGCUUACUGUAUUUGCCCCACCCACCCUCCAGUUCUGAACUAUCACAGCAGUACCUGAUGCAAUUGGACACUCUAACGCGAGAACUAGGCCCAACUCUCUUGAUUCAUGGGGUGACACCAGUUACAUGUACUGAGCUAUGAGAAACGACAAUGAAAACAUGUUUGUGUGUGAGAGGAAGAGAGAAACGGCACAAAUGUUAGUAAGAUGAAUGCAAGUGUAUUUAAACGUUAUUUUACUUAUCAACAAAUGGCAGGCGAGUGAUUGUGAAGACAAUAUGCACAUAAAUGGGUAAAGUAAGUGCUAUUGGUAAAGAUGUUAUUUCAAAAAUGGAUAAGAGUGUGUGCUAUUGGUGUUGACCUAGAGUGGCCUAGGUGAUUUGAAAUUAUUAACUUGGAAAAUGCUAAUCAUUGUCACUCAUUAAACUGCCAACACUCACUGCUUCGUGUAAAUAGCCACGAAUCGUGAGACAGCUCUCAGUUGUUUUUGAUUUCUUUUCCACAAGCCUCCAUUUGCUCUCAUUAACAGGUGGGCUGGGUUUGUGGAAAAGGGAUUGCAGUCAUAUUUGAAUUGCUAAUUAUGUUCAUUCAAGUGUCAGACAGUAACUGUUAAUCUUUAUACAUACUAUGAUCCAUUCUUUGUAUUUGAGCAAGAUUCUUUAUGGAGAAAAUGGUUGACUUUAAUUAGCGCGGAAAUAGUUUCUCAGAUGAGACGUGGUUAGGGUAAAGCCUAUUUACUGACUUUUUGUUUGCUUUUUGCUAUUUUGUCAGUUAAUUGUGAUCAGCUGAAGAAUUUCGUUAAUCAUUUCUGCAUUUUCUGGGCAUAAAAUAAACCCUAUGAACCCAAUGUGACCCAUUUAGAGCUUGUGGGUCAAUGAGGAACACACAGUUUUGGGUCAUUGUUGGUGUCAUGGGGAAAUUCUGCUUGUAACUUUACAGUUAUAGAGCUCUUGGUUUGCGCUGUGCGAUUUAGUCUAUUCGCUGUCAUUCAAGUAGUUAAAUAGAUAUGUUAUUUAUUAUUGUAUGAUAUGUCCUGUAUGUAUAUGUGACAAAUACAGGAGACAAAGGGAAUGUGUAUUUCAUUAGUGGCAAGAACUCGGAAGUCAGGACUCAAUAUUGUGGUGCUGACAAAGAACGCAAAGAAUUUAUUGCUUCAUCUCAUGUAUUUUCAUCCUCUCAUUUUAUUUUGUGUUUCUUGCAGUUCAGUGAAAGCUCUUUGUGGCGUUAGUGCUCAUGGUUGUGCAGACUGGGCUGAAGGCAGAGCUUAGUGCUCAGUAGCUGAAUCUGAUUGGUCAAGGCCUACAAUGAUGAACAUUGAACUGCCUCUUGCUGUUGUGUCUGUGUUGGUCUUUGUGAACUGAAAAGUGAUAUUGGCUUAAAUAAUACUUGAAUAUUUUGCUCUUUGACUGAAUGUGCAUGUGAGUACUGGAUAUUUGCGCAUUUGUAAACAAAUACACAGAAUGCUGAAAAACGUCAAGAAAUUCAGGAUUUUGGAUUGUAUUAUAGCUGUACAAUAAUAGGGGUCUUAUGCUGAAAAAUAUGUACUUUAAAAGCCAUUCCAUUCUGCACAUUCAUCAUAUAAAAAAAGUAGAAACAUUUUUUGUUGGGUGUUUUUUUUUUUUUUCUUUAACAGUAUUGAGUUUCAGUAUGAAGAACACAGUCACACAGUCUAAUUUCCAUAGAAUCCAGAAUAUCUAGAAAUCUGACAUCUGAAAUUGUGGACUGUUAAUAUACUUUUAAAAUAUACUUUAAUAUACAUAAAGCUACAGUUCCUGUAUUCAUUACAGGACUAUAAAUGGGACAUGAUCUUAAAUUGAUAAUUUAGGUUAACAGGAUGUUCAGUCAGAAUGUACUGCAUUCCAUAUUCCAUAUUUAUCUGAAAUUUAAAUGAUAUUCUAUCACUCUAGAACAUUUUCUUCAUAUCACAUUAUGGAAAAGCAAUAAAUACAUUUACAAGAUUACAGAUUAAAAGAUGAGCUCUUUAGUGGUUAAUGUGCUCCAGUCCAGUCCUGUCCUAUUGAUUGAGACUCCUGAUUCCUUUGCAUGAAAAUUAUGAAUAAACAUUGUGUGACUGCAGCUGUGACCGUGUGUGU